GGUCCUGCGGGUGUCAGCGGGUUUGCAGGGCCGCGUGGCCGGGCAGGGCAGGGGGAGGCGGCGCCAGUGGGGUGGCGGCGACUAGCGGGGCCAUGGAGGCCGCCGGCUGCCGAUACCAGUUUCGGAUCGCGCUGCUAGGGGACGCGGCAGUGGGCAAGACGUCGCUGCUGCGGCGCUACGUGGCGGGCGCGCCCGGGACCCCCGCGCCUGAGCCCGGGUUCGACUGCGCGCCCACCGUGGGCGUCGAGUUCUACAGCCGCGCGAUGCAGCUGCGGGCCGGGCUGCGGGUCAAACUGCAGCUCUGGGACACGGCGGGCCACGAGCGCUUCAGGUGCAUCACCAGGUCUUUUUACCGGAACAUGGUGGGUGUCCUGCUUGUCUUUGAUGUGACUAACAGAAAGUCUUUUGAACACAUCCAAGAUUGGCACCAGGAAGUCAUUGCCACUCAGGGUCCCAACAAGGUGAUCUUCCUGCUGGUUGGCCACAAGAGUGACCUGCAGAGUACCCGCUGCAUCUCUGUCCAGGAAGCAGAGGAGCUGGCUGCCUCCCUGGGCAUUGCCUUCCUGGAGACAUCAGCCAAAAAUAACUACAAUGUGGACUUGGUCUUCAACACACUUACAGAUGCCAUUCAGCAGGCCCUCCAGCAGGGGGACAUCAAGCUAGAGGAGGACUGGGGGGGUGUCCGAAUCAUACAGAUCCCUAAGGCCCCCUGCAGGAAGCAGCAGUCAGGUUCAUGCCAGUGUUGACUCUGGCAGGGAAAGAGUAAAACAGUGGUGGGCAAGGGAGAUAGCAUGAUGGUCAUACAAAAAGACUCUCGUGCUUGAAGUUCCUGCACCACCAUAAAUAAGCUCUGGAAAAACAAAUAAUAAAUAAAGUAGUUGUGAUCUCAGAGGAGCCAAUGUGGAGGGUUGAGGAAGAAAGUUCACAUUUUGGAAGGACAGAUGAUUAAAUGUAUCCAGAAGAUGAAUAUAAACAGAAUACUGACACA